AUGCUGUGGCUUGCGUUCUCAGUGGUAUUGAUGGUGAUCGGUGCUGAUGCUCUCGACAUCAGUCAAACUUUCACAAACCAUCACCCGCGUACACGAGCUCUGUCCUCAGAUACCUACUCGUCUCUCAUAUACACAACUCGUCUCAACAUACCCCCACGAUUCCGCCGCUCACCAUCUCGUUCCAACUAA